GCUCACGGUCCUCACCCUGGCUGGCUGAUGCGUUCAAUGUGUGUGACUCAUGAGUGAGGCUGCCCUCUGGCAUCCAGUCCUCCCUCACAUCUGUGCCUUUCAGUUCCCUCUGUAGCGGAUCCCUUCCUCUCUCCACGGAAUAUGAAUCGUUUCACUGAAUAAAUUGGGACUUUUAUCAAAAUGCUUAGGGUAAAUGUGCAGUCGGCAUGUGGGAUUCCCAAAAAGAAACUUGGAAACCCAGAUCCAAUCGUUACGAUUAUCUUUAGAGAUGAAAAGAAGAAAACCAAAGCGAUUGACAGUGAAGUGAAUCCUGUAUGGAACGAAGUGCUUGAAUUUGAUCUGAAAGGCUCUUCCUUGGAUUCGUCUACUUUUAUCAAUGUUGUUGUCAAAGACUAUGAGACAAUCGGCAAAGACAAGUUCAUUGGCUCGGCACAAAUCCCUCUGAGAGACUUGGCCAGUGGUCAAAUGACAUCCCUCCCAUCAAAGAAUCUGCCCUUGAUCAAUGAGCAUCAAAAGCCUAUUGGGGCAACCAUCAAUUUGCUCAUUAGGUAUGAGCCAUCAGCCGACACUUCUCUAAACCCUAAUGCUCAACGUAAUAGACACACGGAUGCAGGAGACAGUGAGGAGGGCGAUGAGAGGGAGGCAGACGUGGAAGGAGGAGACCAGGGUGAGAGACCAGGAGAUCCCACUUCUCCAAACCAGCCUGGGAAACCCAGCCACAAGCCAGUCCGACUCUGUCGAAAGACGAAUAGAGCCUUGGCCAAUAAGCCUCAGGACUUCCAGAUACGUAUUCGGGUUAUCGAGGGUCGACAGCUGCCUGGCAACAACAUCAAGCCAGUGGUUAAGGUGAAUGUAUGCGGACAGACCCACAGGACCAGAAUUAGAAGAGGAAAUAACCCCUUUUUCAACGAGAUGCUUUUCUACAAUGUUAACAUGCUACCUUCAGAGCUGUUUGACGAGAGUAUUAGUCUUCGGGUUUAUGACUCCUACUCCCUCAGAGCUGACAAUCUAGUGGGAGAGUUCAAGCUGGAUGUUGGCUACAUCUAUGAUGAAUCAGGUCAUGCCAUUAUGAGGAAAUGGCUCCUCCUGAGUGAUCCUGAUGACUCUAGCUCAGGGGCUAGAGGUUACCUGAAAGUCAGCAUAAUUGUCUUGGGCACCGGAGAUGAGCCACCGACUGAGAAGAGAGAGAUAAGUGGGGAGCAGGACGACAUAGAAAGCAAUCUUUUGAUGCCGGCCGGUGUCACAAUGCGAUGGGCCACGCUCAGUCUCAAAGUCUACCGUGCCGAAGAUAUGCCACAGAUGGAUGAUGCCUUUAUUCAGACGGUGAAACAGGUCUUUGGAGGGGAUGGAGACAGGAAAAACUUGGUGGAUCCAUAUGUGGAAGUUAGCUUUGCUGGCAAGACGCUGUACAGCAAAAUCAUUGAGAAAAAUGCUAAUCCGGAGUGGAAUCAACUCAUCAAUCUCCAAGUCAAGUUCCCAUCCAUGUGUGAAAGCAUAAAGUUGACUUUAUAUGACUGGGAUCGUAUAACCAAGGAUGAUGCCAUAGGAACAACGUUUUUAAACCUGAGCAAAAUGUCUUGCUCUGGUGGAGAGAUUGAAGAUGCACGGCCUGAUUGCAACACAGUGUCUGAAUUGAGCACUGCAGCAUCAGAGGUCGGUUUUCUCCCAGCUUUUGGGCCUUGCUAUGUCAACCUGUACGGAAGCCCGAGAGAAUUUACCGGCCUGCCCGAUCCAUACGAGGAACUCAACUUUGGAAGGGGUGAAGGGGUCGCCUACAGGGGUAGGGUCCUUGUUGAGCUGUCCACUCAGCUGGAUAGGAAGGUUGAUGAGAAUCUGGAUGACAUCUCCAGUGAUGACAUCCUAGUGGCACAGAAAUACCAGCGGAGGAGGAAAUUCUCUCUGUGCGCUGUGUUCCACAGCGCAUGCAUGCUCCAAGAGCCGGGUGAGGCAAUCCAGUUCGAGGUCAGCAUUGGUAACUAUGGUAACAAGCUGGACUCCACCUGCAAGCCCCUGUCGUCCACCACCCAGUACAGCUUUGCUGUGUUUGAUGGUAAUUACUACUAUUACCUGCCCUGGGCUGACACUAAGCCUGUAGUGAUUCUCACUUCAUACUGGGAAGACAUCAGCCACCGUCUGGACUCUGUCAACGUUCUCCUCUUCAUCGCUGAGAGACUGGAGUCCCACCUCACCUCUUUAAAAAACGCCAUGUUAGCCAAAGUGUCAGAGACACGUCUGGCAGAGAUUUGGCUCAAACUCAUCAACCACAUGAUUGAGGACCUGAACAGUUUCCAGAUCACAGUGCUCGAGGACCAGCCCAAUGCGACUGAACUGGAUCUCCAGUUGAAAAACCUGCGCAAUUCUGCUGUUGAAGGUAUCAGAAAGUUAGCCUAUCGCAUGAAAGAGGAGGCCACAGAUGUCAAGGCCACUGUUGGUGACAUUGAGGACUGGUUGGACAGAAUCAAGCAGCUGGCAGAGGAGCCUCAGAACAGCAUGCCAGAUGUGAUCAUCUGGAUGUUAAGAGGAGAGAAACGGGUUGCUUAUGCUCGAGUCCCAGCAAACCAGAUCCUGUUUUCAAACCUUAGCGAACAGGCUCGUGGGAAACACUGUGGACGGACCCAGACCAUUUUCAUGCAGUACCCCAUGGACAAAAACAAGGGUGUGAAGGUCCCUGUUCAGCUGCGGGUCAACAUGUGGCUCGGUCUUUCUGCCCAUGAGAAGAAGUUCAACAGCUUCUCAGAGGGAAACUUCAGCGUGUAUGCUGAAAUGUAUGAGAACCAAGCCUAUGGUGUGGGGAAGUGGGGAACUACCGGUCUGGUUGGUCGUUCUAAAUUCUCCGAUGUAACCGGAAAGCUGAAACUCAAACAAGAAUGCUUUCUGCCACCACAUGGAUGGGAUUGGGAGGGCGACUGGUUUGUUGACCCCGAGCGAUGCCUGUUGACAGAAGCAGACGCAGGCCACACAGAGUUCACAGACGAACUUUUUCAAAACGAAACCCGUUUCCCUGGUGGGGAAUGGAAGCCCAAAGAUAAGCCCUACACAGACGUGAAUGGAGCAAUGUCUCAAAGCCCAGCAGAGUUUGAGUGUCCACCUGGAUGGAGCUGGGAAGAUGACUGGAGCUUUGACAGCAACAAAGCUGUUGAUGAGAAAGGUUGGGAAUACGGAGUUACCAUCCCUCCCAAUGAUAAGCCAAAAUCAUGGGUUGCAGCAGAGAAAAUGUAUCAUGUCCAUCGCAGGAAGAGACUCAUUAGACCACGGAGGAAGAUAUCUGAUAAAUUGGCUGUUACUAAGAAGCAAGAACCAGGGGAAGGGUGGGAGUACUGUUCCCUGAUUGGCUGGAAGUUCCACAGGCAGGAGAGGUCCUCUGACAGGUUCCGGCGCCGCAGAUGGAGGAAAAAGAUAGUGCCAUCAGACUGCAUUGGUUCCGCCGCCAUCUUCAGGCUGGAAGGGGAAUUAGGAGUUGAUGUUGGCGAAAAGGCCAGUAAAAGGGAUGCAGUCAAACAAUUUGCCGCCAACACACCCACUGUUUCCUGCCACUUUAGCGAGUUUAACCUUUACCACCUGAGAGUGUACGUGUACCAGGCGAGGAAUCUCUGUGCCAUGGACAAAGACAGCUUCUCAGAUCCCUACGCCCAUGUGUCAUUCCUACAUGUGAGUAAAACCACUGAAGUCAUAAAGUCCACCCUGAACCCCACAUGGGAUCAGACUCUCAUCUUUGAAGACAUUACAAUCUACGGAGACCCACAAACUAUUGCCCGCAACCCUCCUGAUGUGGUGCUGGAGCUGUGCGACAGAGAUCAAGUAGGUAAAGAUGAACCCAUGGGUCGCUGUGCAUGCCCUCCAGUAGUGAAACUGAACCCCAGUGUGGCAAUCAGCCCGAAGCUGCUUUGGUUCCCGGUCACCGAAAAAGGCAGCAACGCUGGGGAGAUACUUCUGGCUGCAGAGCUCCUGCUGAAGAACAAGGUGAAUGAGGGAAAUCUGCCCCUGUUGCCUCCUCGCCGGGGGGAGAAGCUGUACAUGGUUCCCCAGGGAAUCAGGCCUGUGGUGCAGCUCACUGCGAUCGAGGUCUUGACUUGGGGCUUGAGGAAUAUGAAGACCUACCAGUUGGCCACAGUUUCCUCCCCCAGUUUGAUAGUGGAGUGUGGUGGUGAGAUUGUUCAAACCGCUGUAAUCAAGAACUUCAAAAAGAACCCCAACUUCCCUGGAUCUGUGCUGCUGCUCAAAGUGCUUCUGCCCAAAGAAGAAAUGUACACCCCUCCCAUUGUGCUGAAGGUUAUCGAUCACCGGCCAUUCGGUAGGAAACCAGUAGUGGGUCAGUGCACCAUCGACUGCUUGGAGGAGUUCCGCUGUGAUCCGUAUGCCAUUGACAAUGAAGUCUGCAUGUCUCCUAGAGUGACAAUGAUAGCUGCUGGCCAGGGAGAUGUUUUCAUAGACUUUGAGGAGGGACCCAUCGUAAAAGCUGAGCUUCAAGCUGAAAUGGAGGAGGAAGCAGUAGGCUGGUGGAGUAAAUUAUAUGCCUCUGUUGACGAGCACGAAAAGUGUGGCCCUUACCUGAAAAAGGGAUACGACACAUUACAAGUGUUUAACAGUGAACUAGAAGAGGUUGCACAGUUCCAGGGACUCAAUGAUUUUUGCAGCACUUUCAAACUUCAGCGUGGAAAGACUGAAAAUGAGGAAAAUGAUCCCUCUGUGGUGGGAGAGUUCAAGGGCUCAUUCAAGAUUUACCCACUGUCCGAUGACCCAGAGGUGCCAGCUCCACCCCGCCAGUUCAGCGAGAUUCCUGAGAGCGCACCUCAGGAGUGCCUGGUCAGAAUUUAUGUGGUGCGCUGUCUUGACCUGCAGCCGAAGGAUAUGAACGGCUUGUGUGACCCAUAUCUUAAGAUUGCUCUGGGAAGGAAAACACUGGAUGACAGAGAUAACUACAAACCAAAGACCCUUAACCCAGAGUUUGGGAGGAUGUUUGAGAUGUCCUGCUUCAUUCCUCAAGACAAGGACCUGAAGAUUGCUGUGUAUGACUAUGACUUACUGAGCAGAGAUGAAAAAGUGGGUGAGACAGUCAUUGACUUGGAGAACAGACUCCUGUCUCGUUUCAGGUCCUGCUGUGGCCUGCCACAGACUUACUGUGUCUCAGGGAUCAAUCAGUGGAGAGACCAGCUGAAGCCUUCUCAGAUCCUCCAGAACGUGGCCAAAUUGAGAGGUGUUCUUCCUCCACACAUUGAGAGAGAUGGCAGCUCCCUUUCUUUCUCAGGAAAACGAUACAACCUGCAAAAUUUUGAGGCCAACACUGUAAUCCACCCGCACUUAGGCCCAGCCAGAGAGAGGCUUGCUCUGCAUGUCCUCAGAAACCAGGGCUUGGUACCAGAGCAUGUUGAGACCAGAACCCUGUGCAGCUCCCACCAACCAAACUUGUCUCAGGGAAAAAUUCAAAUGUGGGUGGACAUAUUCCCCAAGAGCCUUGGUUCGCCAGGGCCCCAAUUUGAUAUCACUCCACGCAAAGCAAAGAAGUAUGUUUUGCGAGCCAUCAUUUGGAACACAACUGAUGUUACUCUGGACGAAACAAGCAUCACUGGAGAAAACAUGAGUGACAUCUACGUUAAAGGAUGGAUGUCAGGUAUGGAAGCCAACAAGCAGAAGACUGAUGUCCACUACCGAUCCCUGGAUGGUGAUGGAAAUUUCAACUGGAGGUUCAUCUUUGAGUUUGACUACCUGCCUGCAGAGCAGCUGUGUGUUGUCUCGAGUAAAGAACACUUUUGGAAUCUGGACAAAACUGAACUUAGGAUUCCUCCUAAAUUGAUCAUCGAGAUUUGGGACAAUGACAAAUUCUCCUUGGAUGACAACUUAGGUUCAGUUGAACUGGAACUUCUCAAUCUGAUCCCUCCAGCUAAGAGCCCAGAAAAGUGCAGCCUGAAGAUGUUGCCAGGGAUGGCGGGCUCAGUCGCCUCCAAAAAACCUCUGCCCAACUCACUUUUCUCCCAAAAGUCUGUAAGAGGCUGGUGGCCGUGCGCGAUCGAACAGGAUGGGAAACAUGUGCUUGGUGGUAAAGUAGAGAUGACGCUGGAAAUAGUGGAAGAGAAGGAGAUGGAGGAGAGACCUGCCGGGAAAGGCAGAGAUGAGCCAAACAUGAAUCCCAAACUAGAACCACCUAACCGCCCUGCCACGUCAUUCUUCUGGUUUACAACCCCUUGCAAGACCAUGAAGUUCAUUGUUUGGCGCAGAUUCAGAUGCAUUUUCAUUGCAGCGAUUCUUCUUCUGCUGGUUAUCUUGUUCCUUGGCAUCAUCUUCUACUCCCUUCCAAACUACAUCGCAAUGAAGAUUGUGAAGCCUCUCUCCUAAGGAGCAUUGCAGAGAGGUUGUCUGCCUUCCUGCUGCAGAAUCUACAGUCCUUCACUGUUUCCAUCCCUCAGAAAUAUGCAAUAACUUCCUCUGCUGAUGCCAUAACAGACUGAUAUUCAACAUUCUAAUCUCACAUAAUAAGACCUGUUUGCUCUAAUUUUGCGCGCUCUCAGUAUUACAGUAUGUGUCUUGAAAUGCAAAUAUCUUUUAUGUUAAAAUUUAGCCAAAUUUUUUUUUAUCAAGAAUGGCAAGAAUGAUAUAUAUUAAUAAAAUUUGUUAUAAAG